UUCAUCCAGAAAACAUUGACUUAUGGGAUACAAUUAAUAAGAUACCAGCGUUACUCUGGUACCUCACUUAUGUGAGCUUGGACAGCAGGUGUUGUCAGAUUAUUCAAUUACUGUGUAAUCCUGUUCUCACUUAGUGUCCAGUAAUUCACUUGCUAGUGGCAUUCAUUGCAUAACAAUGCUGACUGAUUUUAGUUCUCUCUCCCACUACCACCUAUCCUAGCAACACUUUAGCCAAUUGGCUCGUCGGGCUUACAUUGACAAGUACAAAUUAUUGUAUUUUGCCUUUAGUGUGAAGUGGUAGUUCUAAAGAAAUUUUGGAAACAGGUUGCAUUAUAGCUGUUUGAGGACAAAAGUGCUAAUAGAGGUUAAAGUGACUUUUCUGUUCCCUUGCAUCCACCUGUAAAUAUAUUCAUUCAAGUUUCAAGCAGGUAUAAGAUUUCUAUGAUUUCAAAGACCACCAAUUAGAUUAUGAAAGCCAUAGAUUUCAUUUUGAAGACCUAGAUGGGCCUCCAGGCCUAACCUUUUGGAGGAAAACCUUAGUGUUACAACUUUUUCUUUUGUCCAUCAAUUUUAAUAAUGUCAUUUUGAGGAAGUGAACGAGAACUUGGCUACACCUCUCAUUAAGAUGGCAAUGGGAUUAAUCUCAAUUUAACACUCUGGUGAGCUGAUAGUAGCUAACUGAAUUUGAUCUGGAUUUAUUUCAAAAUAUCUUAAACUAAAUGUCAUUUUGAAUUUGUGCUUGAUGUAUAUUUUUAGUAUGAUACUCAGUAUGAGUGCUUGCAUUUUAACAGUUUUAAGUUUACUGAUUACUUGCAAUUUAAAAAAUAUUAGGUUUUAUAUAUCCUCUAAUGAUAUCUUCAACUUUUAUUUUAACAGCAUAUUCUGAGAAGUUCCUGAUGGUGUACUUCAAAUCACCGGUGAGAUGGUAAAGGUUAGCCUUUGGCUCAGCAUGGCGGAUAAACAGAAGACCAAGACUGGUUUGCCACUGAGUGGUCCAGACACUGAUAUAAAUGUGUCUUCCAUCCACACGGUGGGGUAUUUGGGAAAAUUUUCUGAAAUCACCUCAGUCAGUCUACAGGAAUACUGUCCUACCUGUGCUACAAAAGGAGAAAAGAAAGCUUUACGCAGAUAUUAUAUUAGCUUGGAGGAAUCCAUUCUUCUUUGUGAAAAUCCACAGUGUGUCUUUCCUUUGGGAUGUAAACCAUUAAAUGAGAUCCUCAUUUCACCUACCUUACCUCGACCAUCAAAUAAUGCUGUGAAGAGCACCUGUGGACCAGGUUCACUAAUUCCGCUGUGUAAACGGAAUGUAAAACGACAGAAAACUUCUAAUUGUAAUAAUAAAGACAUUUGGAAUGGUUUCACUGAUGCACCCAAGGAUGUUGCAUUUCAACCAUUAGAAAAUAGCUUAAACAAAAUCAACAGUUUUGUCCCUUGUUCAGAAAAUGGAAGCAGCCAUAAGUCAGUUAAUUCAGGUGAAAGAAAUGGCAUGGUUGUCCCAGACAAGCCAAUUCUUAUGGUGCCUGGUCAAUUAUGUGGCAAGAGAAAGGAGCCACCAACUGAAUUUGAUCAGACUAGAUUGGAAGUUCCAAAUGAGGGGUCGCAGAUUGAACAAUUAUUUCUUCAGUGGAAGAACACAUCUGCUCUCUGCUGGCUAGACUGCAUAUUGACAGCUUUGGUCCACUUGAAAGUGAUAAGAGAAGUCAUGUCUAAUCUAGGAACAGAAAUGGAAUCUCCAGUUAAGAAAUUAUGCACAGAAUAUGAUCAGGCAUGCGCACUAAUAUCUAACUGCCAAAGCAAAGGUAAUGGCUUGCGGAAGAUUCCUCGUAAAACACAUGCUCAGAUUGAAUUACUACUGAACAAUGUACGAGAGAGCCUCUUCCAGCUUCUUCAACCAAAACUGAAAUGUGAAUUGGGAGUGCCCGAUAGCCCAGUUUUUGCUUUUCCACAUCUCCUACAGCAGGAUCCAUAUGUUGAGGAACUGUUCAUGCAGUCUUAUAUUUGGAGCUUUGAAUGUAUGAAGUGUGGCUAUAAAUAUGAUGAGAGGUGUAUGAAAACCUUGACUACAUUUACAAAAAUAGUUUCAGAUUGGCACCCACUGAAUGCUAUUCAUAAAUCACCCUGCAAUAAAUGUCAAGAUGAAGAUCAAAGAAGGAAAAUGCUUUUAGAUCGUGUAUCGUCAUUAUAUAUGCUACAUUUUGUGGAUGGCCUACCACAUACAGACUUGGAUACUUAUAGAUUUGACUUUCAGGGGAACUCUUACAGAAUCUGUACCAUUAUUCAGUAUUUACAAGCUGUGAAGCACUUUGUGACAUGGAUUCAGAACCCUGAUGGGUCAUGGCUUGAAUGUGAUGACUUGAAAGGUUCCAGCAGUUGCAGACAUUCAACUUUAAAAGUUUCUGCACAUGAAGUUCAUAUUGUAGUCUGGGAAAAGAGUGACCUUGAAAAUACAACUCAGAGCAGCAAUAUGCUUCCAUUUAGUAACUCAUCCUCUGUGACAUGCAUCAAUACCCCGACCUUCAAGAGUGAUGACACUUCCUUUGUAUCGCAGCUGCUCUGUGAAACAUCAUUGAAUAGCCCUAUCCAGUUAAGUCCAGUUAAGAAACCGAUGUUCAGUACAUUUGCAGAGGUUACUGCACCAAAUAUAAACUGUGUAAAGGAAAAUGAACAAGGAAUUUUAAAUAGUAACUUACUUUCAGGUCUGGAGCACCUGGCAGAUGAUGCAAUGGUAACACUGAAUCUUGUAGAAAUUAAAGUGGACAGUGAAGGGAACCCAAUAAACAAUAAUCAAUUCAUACCAAGUGUUGAACAAUGUGAUUUACAGAGACAGAAGACCCUACCUUUACAAAAUUCAUCUCUUGCGACUCAGAUGACUGUUGAUCAUAUUGUACCUGUACAGCCUUUUGCUGAGGAACAGUAUUCUAAUGAAAUUUGCCAACAAAUGGACCAGAUUGUAAAACCUGAAGUACCUCAAAAAUAUAUUUUACAGUCUGAAGCACCUUCCUGGUCACCUAGAACAUCUCAACAACAAGCAACUGAUGCUGCUGGUGUUAAUCCUACCAUGUUACAAAAGGAUGCUGCUGUGAAAAAGUUAACAAUGAGCCCAGCUGCCUGUCCUAUGCAAGAAAUAGAAACUACAUCCGUUGGUUCAGAAAUACAGUCUUGUAGAAAAACACAAAAGAAAAGUCCCAUCAAAAUCCCAGCGUCACGGAUGUUGAAAACAUCGACUAUAAAUGGGUCACCAGCUGAAAUUUCUCGGCCUCUAGCAGCUAACAGAAGCUUUGCGGUAGGCUGGACAAAGAGCUUGUUGAACCGUCACCUUUCAACAUUGGCCAGCAAUGAACCUAGAAUAUUGCCUCGGAAUGAAGUUAAGAAUGCUCAUAAAGGCAAUGCUUUGCUAAAAGUGACUGAUCCUAAGCACCCUAUAAAGGAACAUUUUGAUGGGUUCAAAACCAAAUAUCUCUCAAAAUACAAUCAGAGAGUCAAAAAAUUACCCAGCUCUCAAGAUUCAAAUAUUCCUAAUGUUGCUUGCGUACAGAAUGCCAACCAUUUGCCUCCAGACUCUGGUAUUAUGAAGGAAAACUACAAAGUAUUGUUGUCCAGGACAGCAUCUUCUGGUGUCCACACUUUAAACAAAGCAUUUUUUUCUAAUUCAUCAAAAUGUGGUUAUCCCACAAUGUAUGAAACAGGGACUACUAAUAUGAAGAAAGAGAGCUCCGACCCAGUCAAGAAAACCGAACUGAAUCAUCUUGACUCAAAAGCUCAUGGCCUUCGUCUCAAGUUGCUCAAAAAACUUCAAGUCAAAAAAGAUCAACUAGCUUCACUUGACCAACUAAUGAAGACUAAGCAAUAUGGUGAAUUUGCUACCGAAUAUGUUAGUACUUCUAGUCUUGAAGGACAGUUAAACAUUGCAAAUGAUGGAAGCACGUUGUAUGAUGAUGUAUUGAAUGAACUCUGGCGUGAGCUUGGUGUUGAAGAUAGUAAGUCUGUUUGUACAACCAGUUCUAGUGCUUCAUUAAGUAGCAGCCCAAGCCAUGAUGAAUUACUUGCAGAAUUGUUCAUUCCAGCUACAACCACUAUAUCUAAUUAUAUGCAAAGUGAUGACUUAAGGCUUUCUGGAGUGUCAGCAGAUGGAGCAGCAAACUGUAAACUGAGUAAUGGGUGUACCAUAGAUCCAAGGACUGCUAAUGGUGAUCACCCAUCACCUAUUUCAGCUUUACAGAUGGAGCACCAUGCUUAUAAAAAUGAGUCUAUCAGUGUAACUAAUACCUGUGCAUCAGUUUACGAGAGUCCCACAAAGGAGGAAAUGUUGGUAGAUUUGUUGUCCACUUCAACUCUUAAUUCUUUAGCAGGAGAUCAUGAAGAUGAAUUGCCUAACUUUGAUGAAAAUCUUUUUGAAAACUGCUAGGAAAUGGUAAUUUUAUGAAAGCAGUGAGAAUCUUUGUUUUAAUUAUAGUUUUGUUAUUUCUCAUUAUUUGUUGUCUAUAAUUUGGAACAUAUUAAGAGUAAAUUGUUCCCAGUCCCCCGCAUGUUUAAAGAUUAUGGUUCCUUCUUUUUGAAAUUUCAUGGCAAGUAGGUAGUUUGUGCAUUCUGUGAAUGUACCUACUUUGUUUUCAGGUCGUUUCAUGGUAUUUGAAGGAUAUGUAAGGCUAUAAUGACACUACUGAAUAAAAUGUUGGUUACCUACAUUUGAUGCAAUGUUGCUAAUGUUUGUUUAAGAAACUGAACCAGAUGUGCUGUUUUUACAAAUGGAAUUCAACUUGCUGAAAUUUGCUUUAACGUAUUCACAUGAAUACAAAAUGUUGUCAAAAUUCAUUUGAAGAAAUGUGUAACUUGUCAAUCCUUAUUCUUUGUGAGCUGCAAAUAUUUAUAUAAACUUACAGUGAUUAUAUUAUCAGUCUUUCCCUGUAACACUUAUUACAGACAUAGGCACAACAAACAAAACUUGCGUGAAACUAAUUUAACAAUAUACUAUAAAAAUAGAUUAAGUUCAAAGUAUGAAGCAAAUGAUCCAUUGACUUCUAGCCUGUAGCACCAUUUCUGAGUUCAGUUAUAAUCCACUUGGGUUCUGCUCCUGCAAUUCAUAUCAUCUAAAGCCAUCUAUUAGACUCUUAUCCUAUAAAUUUCCCACAGUGUGUCCUUCUUACUCAAGUAUAAUGGGAUAUUUGCCUCUUGUGCAAUAUGGUUUACAAUUGCUGCAAAUAAUAAAGUUCUUUCAGUUAAAGUUGUGAAAGAAGUUGGAUUUACAAUUUAAACUAGCAUAUCAUGUAAAAUAAGGGUGAAAAUACAUUUUAAAAAUAAAUUGGGUCACAGAAAAUGCUAGAAACACACUAUAGGUCAAUAAGGGUCUGUGGAAAGAAGAUUAUGAUCAAUCUUUUGGGCAGGAGCCUUCUCCAGGGUUCUGCCCAACGCAUCAACUGGUUUUCUCUCCAUAAAUGGUGUUUGUUUUCAAUUUUUUCUAUUAAUUCAGAUCUCCAGCACUUGCAGUUCUUUGUUUUAUUUUAUACUAUGCUAAGUGUUAUUUCUUGGGUUUUGAAAAUUCAAUGUUGAAAUUUGUGCUGAAAGUUCUAAGAUGUGUAUAUAUUUUGUUCAGUGGCUACAAAGUUAUAACUGCCUUUCUAGGCUGAUUUAUUUAAGGAAUGUUUUUGAUAUCUAGUAAAACUUGUUGUUAAUGUUUGUGAACUCUAAUGUAAGAUAUGCAUCUUAUGCUGAGAAUUACAUCAAUAGAACAUAACUUGAACCAGAACGCCAAACCAAGGCCCAACAAAUAAGAGUAUUAGUGGGCUCUUAGUAACACAAAAUAAUUUAUAUAUUUUCCAGUCCUCGUGUAAAAUAUUUGUUCCAUUUGAAUUGUUUUGAUGUGUUCCUCUGACAUACUUUCAAUGAGAAUGUUAAGUUGGCCAUGCUGCCAAACAAUAAACUUCUUCCAAUUUA